AUGUCUCUUCUCAUGCCUCCACCUCUUAAGCGAUUAUUGAUGCCUUCGAACACUACUAGGACACCUGUAACUGACCCUCAACUGCAGCCAACGGCUGAUCCCGUAACUGGCCCAUCUUUGUCACCGCUAAUACAAGAUGGUGUUCUGCUUGUCAAUGACAAGUUCAGCACCAAAUACGAAAUGUCCGAGGUGCUGUGUAAAGAUGUGCAUACCAUUUUAGUAGAGGAACUUACCAGUAACGAGAUAGAAGGCGGAAAGAAGAUUCUUUGGAUACUCGGCUCAGCCGUCCAUGCUAACACAGUCAAGAAGCUAAUUGUCAGAAAUAGCCCUCGCCUCCUGUUCUAUCCGUUCUUCGCACUUUCAUAUGAGCUUCAACAUAUUGAAAGUUUACUGCUUCACGACGUACAACUUAACAUACCGGAAAACCUAAUACUCUCAUACAUUGAUCACACGUUUCCAAAUCUGCGCAGGCUAUCUCUUAAGCUCACAACGGCGUCUUCUCGCCAGUUUCCGAUUGACCUCAUUAAGGGGGCAAGUCUCUUUCAUAAACUUGGAAUGCUGAGCACGUGUACCACCCCUGCUAUUGUACUUUCAAAGCUACAAUUGUUAGAGAUUGAUGACUGUCACUGGAUCUCUUCGCAACUCUUAUUUUCUAUUGCUGAUUGCUUCCCUCUGCUGAAAGAACUCCACUUCUCUCACUGCUCCAUGCCACAAUCGGAGAGUCUUCUUGGAAGCCAAGAUGCCCGCGACACGGGGAUUUGCAGUCUAUCUAUUAUGAAGCUUGAUGUGCUGGAGAUCUCGCUCUCUCUCUACAACAUUGAAGAUUUGGAUGCGCUAGCGUUAAUACCUCGACUCACACUUAAGAUUAAUGGAAAUGCUCGUAUCAGCGGUGUAGGUCCAGACACGGUGGCGCAGCUACUAGCUGCUCCCGUUACAGACCAUCCCGAUUCAGACGCUAGUUGUUAUGUGGAAAGAGCAAAGGAAUCCCUGAGAAAGCUCGACAGUAUGCAUACUCUGAUGUUAGUCGAUAUCUGA